UUUAUAUUAUUAUUAUUUUUAUUUUUUUUUUUUUCUUUUUUUGUUAAUUCUAAUUGUGUAAAUUAUAUUGCAAACGAACGAAUACACUGAGAGAAUUUUAUGAAAUCAAAUAGGCGAAACGUAAUGUGCUUUAGCUCAAGUUAUGCAAAAAAACUGCGACCGUAGACGCAGUCCAUACGAUUGUAGGUGAAUUUCAUUGAUGUGGGGCGAGAAUAUUUUUCUUCCAAUGUAGAACACAUUUGCUCAUAGUGAUGUUACGAUUAAUGACAUCUACUGAACUACACUUAUAAUGUCAUUCUCAAUGCAAAAAUUAAAAUCCAUUUUACCCGGUACACCGCAAACUGUAAAGAAGACAACUAGUACGACGUCCACGACAGUUAAACGUCAAACGGAAAUAUUAGAGCCCGAAAUUGGUUUUCAAAUUUCCAUCGAGCUGCACGAACAGUCAUCUAGCGGUGCAGAAUUCAAUGGCAAUAAAGCGUUAAUGCCUGAGUUGAAUGUGCACUUAAUAGCGGCACGCCAUCUACCGUCAUUAUUUGGCUUUAAAAUUGUUCAGGGUUACUUGAUUAAAGUUAAACUGUUCCCCGGCACUAAACGGCUAGAUAGCACAAUACAAACUAAUACAUGGCCAAAAUUCAAUGAGCAUUUUCGUUUCCCAUUGGCGCCAGAUAUUAAACCCUCAUUGAAGCAUUCAUCACGUCGUGGCAGCAAAUCAGCAGUGAGUGACUUUACGCCCGAAGAACUAUUUGCUGGGCAAUUUGUGGUUUUUACAGUUUAUGCCUUACUGGAGCUGCCACCAACGACAUUUAAUCGUUUCAGUAAAACGUAUCGAUCGUUGAAAGAUAAAAGCUCCAAUUUAAUGCAAAACAUAUUCGAGACUACCACUAAUGAUAAAGAGAAUCGUGAAGGAACAAGUGAUGAGAAAAGUAGAGAACCGGAUAGUAAAAAUAAACGAAAAUCUAUGGAUCUUAAUCCGAAAGAUCCAAUGCCGCCGUUAACCAUUAGCGAAGCCAGGCGUAAUUUAGGUUCGGUUACUUGCUAUUUGGAACCAAAAAUAUUUCAACGUAAUUCACGAGGCAUUUAUAUCACCGAAGAACUGUGGCUACCCAUUAAAGAUUUAACAACAACUGUCAAUAAGGGAUCAAAUAAGAACAACAAUAACAAUAGCAAUAAUUUAAGCAACGCCGCUAAAGGUGUUGUGGAGUUAGCUUUACAACUUAAAGAUCUCAGUGAACCCAUUGAUCCCACAUGGUGUAAUGAUAGCAGCGCUACCAGCACAAGUAGCACUACCGAGAGCAGUAUCGCUGUUAAUACGAAAGCUUUACAAAACGGUAGCACAUCAGCAUCGGUAUCGGUAUCGGUAUCAUCGCAACAAAAAGAAACGCAUAAUGUUAGAAAUGCACAAUCAUGGAAUCGUAUGACCUCACAGGUCAAACGUAGAAUGGGCAUCUCUAAUGUGAAUACAAAAUUAACGCAUUGUCUGGCAUUGAAGGUAACCACAACACGUAUGCGUUGCUCGCAUAAAGCUAAAGACGAGCUUGAACAUACUGCUGGCAGUGUAUACGUAAAGACAACAGUAUUCGAACAUGGCAUCUAUCUAGAUUCGUGGAAAUCGAGUAAUUUCUAUCCAUCUCUAUCUACCAAAUGGGAUGUGCCAGCCAAUACGGACGCAGCCACCUUAACCAUACCUUUACAGUCUAUUCAUAGUUUAGAUCAUAUAUUGAUAAGGACCACGUUGGCUACAAAAACAAAAAUAGGUAAAAAAUUAGUGUUGGGUACGGUAGUUUUAGGCAAACAUACAGCCGGCAAUGGCGCUGAACACAUACGAACAUUGCGCGAGACACCACUAAAUGAACGCGUUGCCAUGUGGCAUUGUUAUCAGUAGAGCCGAAGAAGAGUGAGCAAUAUUAUUUUAUUUUUAUUUAUUUAGUACAAUUUUGUAAUGAGAAAAAAUUAAGGGACAUUUUGAACUUCAUCA